UAGUCCUGAGGUCACUACUGUAGACUUAACUGGGGGAACAGCAACGGGAUCUAAAAGAACUAUGAUAAGGAACAUAAUUCAAGCUUUUGCUUUUGUCGGAGUGGUGGCCCUGGGAGACGUGCCUGAUGGGACACUGGUAACAGUGAUGGCUGGAAAUGAUGAAAACUACUCUGCAGAACUCAGAAACGCCACUGCUGCCAUGAAAAACCAAGUAGCAAGGUUCAACGACCUCCGAUUCGUGGGUAGAAGUGGAAGAGGGAAAAGCUUCACGCUAACUAUCACGGUCUUCACAAAUCCACCACAAGUAGCCACAUACCACAGAGCCAUCAAGAUAACAGUGGAUGGACCUCGCGAACCCAGAAGACAUCGUCAGAAAAUAGAUGAGCAGACAAAGCCCGGGAGCUUGUCCUUUUCAGAGCGCCUGAGUGAACUGGAGCAGUUGCGUCGUACGGCCAUGCGGGUCAGCCCACACCACCCAGCCCCCACACCCAACCCACGAGCCUCCUUGAACCACACCACUGCUUUUAACCCUCAGCCUCAGAGUCAGAUUCAGG